CUACGUAUAGCGUCAUCUUUCACGCGGCGUACAUGUAGGUAGGCAGACGUUAAUGCCAACGUAAAAUUCCGAAGUUGAAAUCUAAAAAAACCGAAGUGAGAGGUUUUUACUGGAUAAACACGAUAAUUUUGACGUACUCUAUUAUCUAUAGAAUAAAUUGAACUCGAAAUAAAUAGCUAAAAUGGCAGAUUACAUCCAAACUACAGAAGAUGAAAACGACCCAGAAGCCACUAUCGAGCUGCCAGCCGAACCACCAAGCCCUGAAGGUGCGUCCAUCUUGCUAUCGACGAUUGUCGCCCAGUUCCCGGGUGCGACGGGGCUGAAGUACCGUAAUCCCGAAUCGGGAACAAUGCGAGGACUCCGUGUAGUAGAAGGCCGAGUGAUGGCACCAGAUGGCGUGUGGCAAAAUCAUCUCUACGUCGUCACAUUCCCUAAAGAAAAUAAACGGAAAGGUGAUGAUACACGAGAACUUCCAGUCGGAAAGACAAGGAAAACUGAUGACAGGAGAACAUCAGAUCUGAUUGUUCUUGGUCUAGAUUUCAACACAACAGUAGAAGGCAUGAAGGACUACUUCUCACAAUAUGGUGAAUUAGUUAUGACACAGCUAAAGAAAGACCCCAAAGGCAAGUCCAAAGGUUUUGGUUUCAUCAGAUAUCGAGACAUUGAAUCACAGAAUGCAGUCAACAAUAAAAGGCAUAAGAUUGAUGAUAGGUGGUGUGAGGUCAAAUAUCCAGAUUCCCAGGUAGAGCAACCAGAGAAGAGGAAACUGUUUGUUGGUAGGUUAUCACCAGAUGUGAAGGAGGAUGAUAUCUAUCAGUACUUUGCCAAGAUAGGAGAGGUCACAGAUGUAUUCAUUCCCAAAGAAUUCAGAGGAUUUGCCUUUGUUACAUUAGAAAAUGCUCAGAUUGCACAGAGCCUAAUCGGCCAGGAUCAUAUCAUCAAUGGUAACAGUGUUUUGAUAAACUAUGCUGAUCCCAAGAAUAAGCAAGGGCAGAACCCUCAUCAGCAAGGCGGAAGGCCACCAUUUGGUGGCAGAGAUGGUGGUGGUGGUGGUUUCAGCCAAGGAGGUCGCGGUGGAUACCAGAACGAGUACUUCAGGAACAAGCAAGGCGGUGGUGGUAAUGAUGGUAGUGGUAGUGGGGGAUAUGGGGGUGGGGGUUAUAACAAUAUGAAUACCCAAGGUCAAGGUCAAAUGAUCCCUAACAAUCCCCAGGGUGGGGGAGGUGGUAUGGGAAACCCAGCUGCUGCAGCAAUGGGAAUCUUAAACCCUCAAGGCAACAUGAAUCAAAACCAGCUCAACCAGGCUGUGUUAGCAGCAGCCUUGAACCAGGCUGGCUUGGGUAUGGUAGGGAGUUUAUUGAUGGGUGGAGGUGCGGGAAUGAAUGCCUUACAGGCACAGGCAACCAUGGCCCAGUCGGCUGCACAGGGCAACCCACAAACCACACCCCAGGCUCAGAAUAACCCUGCCUUAGCAGCUGAUUCAACGGCCUACCAGGCACAGCAGCAGGCCGCUGCGAUGGGAUGGGGUGCAGGGAACCCCGCCCAAGGGGCUGGAGAUGGUACUGGAGGACAGUUCUAUGGGGCAGGUGGAAAGCAGGCUUCAGGUUGGUAGACCUAUACACUAUUUCUAUCAUGCACCCACUUUGUGAGUUUUGGCUUCUGGUAGCUGGAUGAUGAUCAGGUAAAACGCGAAUUUUGUUCGAGACAUACAGGACAUUCGGACAUUUUAUAGUCUUCCGAAUAUACAAAUAAAUUGAUGAAAUAUUUUUGUGGUUAAUUUUCUAUGCCAGGAAAAAAAAUGGUUGCCAAAAGGGAUUUUGUUUUUGAUGAAAGGAAUGAAAAAUAGGCCUAUAAUGUACAGACAGAGAGGGGACUUCUUUAAGGCUAAUUUCCCAUUUACUUCAAUCCAUUACAAAUCAACCUAGAACCUAAACGCAGUUUCUGAUAGUACUUCGCUGUUGCCCAAAAAAUAUUUCCAUUUAUUACUUGUAUGAUUAUUAGGCUGAAAAUUAUUGUCCUAAUGUAUUCCUCUUUUCCAGUACUGUAUCGCCUUAACCUGGUCGUGUAGCCGCUACUAGAAAUCUGAUUUAGUGAUUAUUAAGACAAACCAAUGAUCAAACUGGUUAUGUCCAGCUACCAUGCAUGUCCAUAACAACUCAAUUCAUGAUAGAAAUCCUUCAAAACUAUUAUUAUUAUUGGUACCCCAGUCACUCUGACAAACCGACACCAGACCGACAGCAGAGUGACAGCAGAAUGAAGAAAACGUCACUAAACCUGUUUGUCUGACAAUCAAUCGGUUUAGAGUUUUUUUUUCUUCUCAAUGGGACCUAGGUAUUUUUGGUGUGACUGAGAUAGUAUUAUAUUAGUACAGCACUAGUCAUCUCUACUCUGACAUGUGACAAACGUUGUACAGGAUUGGCUUUUUCUGUGCCAGGAUUUUCUCAUUGAGUACCCUCUGCUGAACCCUGAUGAGAAAGUGAUCUUGCAGUGGCCCAACAAGUUAUGUUUUUUUAAAGCCAGAUCCCAUUUGCCUUUGUACUGAGUAAUUUAAAUUUCAGUCAGUCUUUCCAUUGUGUUCUAAGGUUAUAUAUCUCCAAUAAAUUUUUUUUAGUCCUUUUCAAUCUAUUUUUAGACUUUUUUCAUUUCAUUGAAGGAAUAUACGUCUUUUACAUUUAUUCCGUGAAGAAUAUGCUUAUACAAGCUAAUUGUAUGAAUCUGCUCUAACCUCAAAUUAAAGUCUUUUAUGUCACAAAUAAGCACAAUAUGUAAACACACAUCACUCAGAUCCUUUCUAGAAAUGAAGUAACAUUUAGUUCAGAGUUCUGCGCUCAGGUAAGUAUGGUUACAGUCCCUUAUGAUAUAGAUGAAAUAAAUCACAUGUGAAAUUCCUUUCAUUAUGUAAAUCAUGGAAUGUUCAUUGUCAAAACACAGCUAUAUUUUUCUAAUAAAAAGUUAUUGAAAUGAAAAGGAACAAAGUAGCCACAGUGUUGAAUAAUUUCAGACUUCAAAGAAGAUUUCAAUGCUGAUAUUGACUCUGGUGUGUCUGAGUGCAGAACAUAUAAAUGAAAAGGGCUGUGUCUACAUGUCACUGAAUUAGUGUGUGUAUUUGCCGAGAUAUAUUUAUUUGUAUUUAUAUACUUUUGUGGAAUGGUUUUUGGUGCUGAAAAUGCCCCCUUCUCCCUCAAAAAGUUAGAUUUGUAUGAAAUGAAGUCAUGUGGUUGAAUAAAAAUGUAGAUAAUCCUUGUCAAAUUGACAAGAAUGGAAAAAAUCUGGUGAAGCUUAUCAUAUCUAGUCGAUUCAUUAUGCAAUGACUAGAAAGGUGCAGUUUAGUUGUGUGGAACACUUGGUUGUAAAUGCUUGAACAACGUGUUAUAAUUACAUUUGUGUGAUAUAUUAAGCCUGAUAUAAAAACUCGUAGGAUUUGUGAUGUGUGUACUGCAUGUUAUGCUGUUCAUGCAGCUUUUGUCAGCAAUGAAUGUAAUAUACUUCCAAGCUGCGAAAUGUUCAACUUCCUCAUAGUUUGUGAUGUGUCUUUUGCUGUCAAAAGGUUUGGCAAAAUACAAACCAACAAAUGUGCUAAGUAUGAUUGUAACAUUGUAUAUGGAGCUGUAUUGAAUGUCUAGAGAUGUUUGUACAUGAUUGUUUACUUUCUAUUAUUCCUGUUAACUCAGUGAUGAGUCUAUGAUGAGUACUCUUUCUUUUCAAAUACAGCCUUUCUUCACUUUGUUUUCUUGACAGAAAGAUGAAAUGAGUAUGUUGGAUUUGUUGGUAUAUAUUUGCCAUGUCUGUGUUGAUUUUUGAAAUUUAUGGCAUGUCAUUGUUGAUUUGUUGAAAGAAAUAUGACACUUUUAUUUCAUUUCUUAGCAAAACAUAUGACCAUCAUCUAUGUUGUGUAGAUUGAAAUACAUUGUAUAUGCAGGGGUUUAUUCUUGGUCAGUGAAGUGACAUGAUUAUGUUGUUUGUUGACAAAUAUGUGAUGGUAAUGUUGAAUAUAGCGAUAGAAAAUGCCAUGUAUAAAUAGUAAUAUGUUUGGAAAGAUGUGAAAUAUGCCAAUGUAGAUUUGUUGUCUGAAAUAUGGCAUAAUGAUGUUGGUUUUGACAGAAAUUAUGUUUAUGUUGACAGAAAAAUGACAUGUUGUUGACUACUGACACAACUGUAUUUAUGUUUUGAUAACAAAGUCGAAUGAAGUGUAUUCUUUGAUAUUGCUGGAAACACAUUGAGUCUGUAUAAUAGUGGAUUAUUGUGUUUUGAAUGACCAUUUUUUUUUCUUCAUGACUAAGUAAAUGCAUGUAGGAAAAUGAUCAACUUUUUAAUCAGUGGUAUGAUACACACUUGAAGUGCAUUGGCUUGUAUGCUUAGUGAUGGUGGUCUGAAAAGAUAUAAUUUUUUAAAGUGAUUGAUGGUCCAUGGUUUAUAAUUCAGAUAAUCCCUGCUAGUUGUAAUGGCUCAAAGUUAGAUACAAAACACUCCCCCUUUUCAACUUUUCUGAUAUAGAUGCCUUUCGAUAAAGUGCACAAAAUGAUCAUAACCAAAUACAUCAUAAAGAAAUGAUUGAGAAGACCACAUUCAAAAUUGACUUUUGUCCAAUUUUAUAGUAGGGUAAAGAUCAUUAUUAGUACUGGACUGUCAUAAAUGAGAUCUUGGUAGGUUUGAUGGCAAUGUGUUGGAUGGAGCAGAUGAUUUUUAUGGCUUGUAUAUAUAAAUGAUGUACAUGUACAUACUUUUAAGAAGUUGAUGCUGUUAAUGUUAUUUUGUUCUUUGGAAUGUAUGUGAUGAUACAUGCUUUGUGAUUGUCUGGUAUAUCGUAUAUAUAAGGAAGUUUUCUUCCUUUUAUCUUGUGGCAUUCAAACUUUUUGGAAAUGAUUUUGUCAGAAGUACAUUGACAUAAACAUACCUUUGUAAUAAGCGAUGUAUUUUAAUUUCUAUUUUAUUGAUUUUUUAAAACAUUUUUGAUUGAAAUGGAUGAAAAUGUAGUCGUAAAAUUCAGACUAACAUAUUGAAUGAUGUUGUGCAGUCUGUUAAGUGACUGGUAAGACUGAAUAUAGAAAUCUUUGAAAGAAUUUGAAUGGGUAAAAGGCUGUGUUUCAUACUGAUUAGCUGAUGUAGCACACUCAAUAUUUGGUUGGUUAGAAAUACAUGUGACCUGUGUGAUAAUGUUCAUGACUAAAAGCAAAAUGAAGGACGUUUUAUUUAUAUUGUAAUUUUCCCUGAGGUAUGAGUAAUUCAUGUAAUCUGUGAUAUUUAGUGUGUUUGCUUGGCUGCCUGCACUACAGUGUCAAAUCUGUUGUUUGAGUUUGCUUUAGGUGUUUUGAAAAUGCUCCAUAAAUAUUUUUGAUGUUGGAAAGUGA